ACGGUCACAUAGGGGCGGGACCAAACGAACAGGUAGCCAAUCGGCUGUGCUAUUAGUGGGCAUGGUGGCCAAUAAGAACAGGGUGUGGGGUCCCGGGACUGAAGGAAACGACGAUCGGGAGGGGGCUCCGGGACCAUGGGCCUUUUGACCAUCCUGAAGAAGAUGAAGCAGAAAGAACGGGAGUUGCGACUGCUUAUGCUCGGCCUGGACAAUGCUGGCAAAACCACUAUCCUUAAAAAGUUCAAUGGAGAAGACGUGGAUACCAUUUCCCCGACACUUGGCUUCAACAUCAAGACCCUGGAGCACCGAGGGUUCAAGUUGAAUGUCUGGGAUGUGGGUGGCCAAAAGUCACUGCGCUCUUAUUGGCGGAACUACUUCGAGAGCACUGAUGGCCUCAUCUGGGUGGUGGACAGUGCUGACCGGCAGCGCCUACAGGACUGUGCCAGGGAGUUGCAGGGCCUGCUGGUGGAGGAGCGCCUGGCUGGAGCCACCCUCCUCAUCUUUGCCAACAAGCAGGACCUGCCAGGAGCGCUGUCCUCUAAGGCCAUUCAAGAGGCCCUGGAGCUGGACUCCAUCCACAGCCACCACUGGUGCAUCCAGGGCUGCAGCGCUGUCACCGGGGAGAACCUGCUGCUGGGCAUUGACUGGCUCCUGGACGACAUCUCCAGUCGCAUCUUCACAGCCGACUGAGCCAUGCCACAUGUCCCUGCUCGUGAUCCGGGCCCUAGCCACACCACCCAUGGGCAUGGGCACCAGCCGGCAGACUAACACCCCAGCCCAUCCCUAACCUGCUGCUGCUACUGCCGCCUGGGGUUGCCCAGGGCCAAGGAGGAGCGCGCCAGGCCCAGAGAGGGCACUGCUGCUGCUACCAAGGCCCCUCCUUGUCCUCCAUUUCUUGAGAAUAAAGCACUCCUUGCCUGGCUUA